AUGUGUCCCAUUGAAAUGAGAUAUAAACCAUUUGUUGCCCACCGAAUUGCCGAAAUACUUGAUUCAACACGCCCAACUGAUUGGAGAUGGUUGCCUACAGAUCUCAAUGUUGCCGAUGAUACUACAAGAGCUAAAAAUGAAGUUGAUUUUUCCAUUGAAACACGUUGGUUCCAAGGGCCAGAAUUUUUGUAUGAAAACGAAGCUGACUGGACGAAUAAGAAUUCUGAGAAAUCUGAUGAUUUGUGUGAAGAAGAACUACGGCCCAAAUUUGUCAUGCUGGUUAGUACAAAUUUAGUUAUUGAUUUUAAUCGUUUUUCAUCAUUUCUCAGGCUUAAACGAACAAUGGCUUGGGUUCUGAGAUUUAUCAAUCGCUGCCGAAAAUAUGAUAAAUGUCUGUCCCAAGAAGAGUGUUUCGCCGUUUUAAAAUCUGGUGGUUCUUUAAAAAAGGACAACGAGUUAUUUUCCCUUUCGCCUUAUUUUGAUGAAAAUAAUUUACUUCAAGUGAGCGGUCGUAUUGAUGCUGAGAGUUGGUUGCCUUUAGAUGCCAGGCACCCCAUUAUUUUGUCGCCCUGUCACCGCUUUACACAACUAUUUGUUGCCCAUGUGCAUAAUAAAAUGAGACAUCAAAAUUUUGAGGCUACCAUAGGCGAAAUAAGGAAAAGAUUCUGGAUUCCACGACUUCGAAAUCUGUUGAGUAAGACCACAUCAAAUUGCAACAUUUGUAAGAUUCGUCGUGCUGUUGCAGUAGCUCCUUUUAUGGGAUCGUUGCCAAGUGAUAGACUAACUCCAUAUGUCCGGCCAUUUACUUAUACUGGUGUUGACUAUUUUGGCCCAUUAAAUGUGACUGUUGGUAGACGCCAUGAAAAACGUUGGGUUGCCCUGUUUACGUGCCUUACAAUCAGAGCUGUACAUUUAGAAGUGGCCUAUGAUCUAUCUACUGAUUCGUGUAAUUUGGCUAUACGGAAUUUUAGAAAUCGUCGUGGCACCCCGUUGAAGAUUCGGAGUGAUAACGGAAAGAAUUUUGUUGGAGUUAACCAAGAAGCCCAGCAAUUUGAUGAAGUAUUUGAUCUGGUUAAAAUUGAAGAUGAGUUGUCCACAAGGGGCAUUGAAUGGCAGUUUAAUUGUCCACAUAAUCCUGCAGAAGGUGGAAUAUGGGAGCGAAUGGUUCAAUGUGUUAAAAAGGUUUUAAGAGUAACCCUAAAAGAAGUCGCCCCAAAAGAGCACACCUUGCAAAGUUUUUUAAUUGAAGCCGAAAACAUCGUGAACUCUCGCCCAUUGACUCACUUGCCUGUCAGUCCGGAAGACGAAGAACCAUUGACGCCUAAUCAUUUCUUGUUGGGUUCUGCAAAUACGGCUCAAACGCCAGAAGGUAUUGAAAUUAUAAAGCCAGUGGUACUGAAGAAGCAGUGGCGAAUUGCUCGACAGCUACGAGAUCAUUUUUGGAAAAGAUGGAUUGUGGAAUAUUUGCCCACACUAACAAGACGGUCCAAAUGGUGCUAA